AUGAGUGACCCUAAUAUUAUUCAAGAAACCCAUCACAAACUUAAUCAAAUUUUUAAUUCAAUUAAAUUAGAAAAUGUAUAAACUUAACAAGCACUUAAAACUAUUUCAAAUAAUAACAAUCUGAUUGCUUAAGUCAGGCAUUGUAAAUCAUUAGCCUAACUUUUUCACAAUGUCUAAAAUCUCAGCUAAACUCAUUAAUUGUUUAAAGAAAUUAAAAUUAAUAAUCUAUCCAUUAAACUUAAUAAUGAUGUAGUUAUAUAUACAAAAGAAGAUGGACAUUGCAUUGCUAAAGUAAUUGAAAUUAUUGGAGUUAUCAAAUUUCAACAAUAUACACCUAUCAUUAAAGUUUAAUGGUACUACUCUAAAAAGGAUCUAAAAUAAAUUAUUGGAAUAUAUUUAGAUUGCAUCAGCUAAAGAGAACUAUUUCUCUCUGAUUAAUAUGAUUAUAUCUAACCAGAUACAAUCGUUGGGGAAGCAUAAGUUUUGGAAUUAAAGGAAUUUGUACAGAAAAAUCUCACAACUGGUUUCAUUUUUUUUUGUAGGUACUCUCUAUUUUAUUUUUAAUAGAUCUUUUUAUAAAAAUGAGCAAAUCCUUCCACCUAUUUAAAAAUGGGAAAAGCAUUGUAAAUGUAGAUAACCAAUGAAUCCUGAUAGGAAAUAUUUAAUUUGUGAUAUUUGUUAAUCAUUCUAUCACAAAGAAUGUGUACCAUUGAAUGAAAUAGUUUAAAAAACAUACAUAUGUCCUUAAUGUAGGAAAUCAAAAUGA